CUGAGCAGGUAACCGAUCACUCUUUUGCAAUCCUAGUUUUCAUUGAUUCUACUGGCAUGUUCUAAAUUCUGAGAUGUUUGUAUGCUGCAGGUGGAAUGGGAGCCAUAUGGUAGCUACUACCGUAUUGGCGCGUCGAUGACUGACCUCAACCACAAGUGCACGAAGGAGGCGCGGUUCUGGCGUAUGCGCUGCCCACUCAUAUGCAUGUGGCUUGUUGAACACCACCAGCCGCAAAGAGUGAUGAGACAGUUUGGGCUGUAUCAGGAGUGCCCACCAGUGUGGCAAGACACGGACAAGGCGCUUCAUAGGCUUGAUAGGCAGCGGCAGAGGAAGAUCACAAAUUGGCCAGUCCAUCAUAGCGGCCACAUCGCAGCGUUCCAACAGUGUUUGGCAGCGGCACGGAAUGCUGGCCCUGAGCAGAUUGUGCCUCACAACUUCGCCGCUUUCAACAACUACCUCGAGUGGUUCCAUGAGAACACGCGUAUCGAGUUAGUUAAGCACGCGUAUCCUGAGGAGAUCUUGGACGACCCCAUCCAGUUCGAUGAGGUUGGGCAAAGCCAGCACGACAGAUUUGCUCGCAGAGGGAGAUCGACUUCUAUUGCUUCCGAGCUGAACUUCGUGCGGAAGGAGAUCGAAAAAACAGCUGAGGAGUGCGAGGUUAUGUGGGAGCAGAGCGGGAGAGAUGACAAGCCUGUCCGACCGUUGCGGUAUUUCAUUAAGGUAUGAUCACCAACUUUGAAUGUACGAUACUAUGAUGUGGUGGAUUUGUAACCAUGA